AUGGCUCACCGGAUUGCUUUUCUAGGCUUUGUAGCUCUUGCUGUUUGCGCAAGUAUGUCAUUGGCUGCCGAACCCGCCAGCCUUCAGGAUUUCUGUGUGGCAGAUGCUAGCAGCAACACCCGAAUGAACGGCCUAGCUUGUAAGGAUCCUGCCAUGGUUCAAGCAAGCGAUUUUGCUUUUAGUGGGCUUCACAUUCCCGGCAACACCUCAAAUGCAGUGGGCUCCAGGGUCACUCCGGUUUCGGUGACCCAGAUUCCAGGACUUAACACACUUGGAAUCUCAAUGGUUCGAAUUGACUAUGCUCCCUGGGGUAUCAACUCACUCCAUACUCACCCUCGUGCUACCGAGAUCCUCAGCGUGAUCGACGGCUCUCUCGAAGUUGGAUUCGUGACAUCCAACCCUGAGAAUCGCCACAUCACCAAGAUUCUUAAGAAGGGAGACGUGUUCGUCUUUCCGGUUGGGUUGAUCCACUACCAACGCAAUAUUGGGUACGGAAAUGCUGUUGCUAUAGCUGCAUUAAGCAGCCAGAACCCUGGAGUCAUCACCAUUGCCAAUACUAUCUUUGGAUCCAAACCCGACAUAAAUAUUGACCUCCUCGCCAAGGCAUUCCAAGUUGACAAGAGUGUUGUGUGGCAACUCCAAUCUAAGUUCUAG